CCAAAGUAGAUAUCCCACCUUUAGUGCAUGUUAUGACUUGAUGGCGCAGCUAUAUUUCCAAUGUGCCUUCCACGCAUAUGUUAAAGGCAAGGAAUUCGACUCAAUGUUUCUCGCCGCUUUCUAGAACGCUCGAUAUUACCUAUGUACCUAAGAGUAUUUAUUGAUCUGAGUAUUCUAAGUAAAGGAGGGGUCUCUUAAAAACGUUCGACGUCGAGCUGUAUCGAUGCAAUAGGUGGGUUCUCCGCCUUCUCCAUUUUUAGACAAGGCAAUUUACUGUAACGAUGGACAUUGGAGUGGGAUCGAACCCUGCAUAUUCAUAUAUUGCCCAGUCGGCUGGUGAUCAUCGCUGUCGAGAAGAAGCCCGGCAGAUGAACCAUCCAGGGCGGGAGGGACUCUUAUUACCAAAUUGUAUCCGUGAUAAUGGCUCAUGGCGGGGCUUGACGUGGAUUAAGGGUCUUAUAUAACAUCCCUAUCUAAACACCACCUCCUAUCUACCCAUUAGGACGUACCGCUCUUUUUGGUCCUCUCUACGGCGAUCAUGUAUUUAUACAUAACGGCGGUGGCAACAGCGUGGCUUCUCGUGGGCCAAGCGAUAGCGCAGGGAAUAGGAAAGGUGGAGACGCACCCAAAGCUUACGACGGAGAAAUGUACGAUCAAAGACGGCUGCGUCAGGCAGAACACCUCCAUCGUGCUUGACGCGAGCUUUCACGGAUUAAGACAGGUGAACAGCACAGGCAGCUGUGGGGGAUACGGCGGCGAGCUAAGUAAGGAAUUAUGUCCGAACCACGAGGCAUGCGCGAAGAACUGCGUCUUCGACGGCGCGGACUACGAGGGCAGCGGGGUGGCGACGAACGGCAGUGGCCUGACGCUGAAUAUGUACACCCAACGCGACGGAAACGUGACUUCAGUGAGCCCGCGCGUGUACCUGUUAGACGAGGGCGAAGAAAACUAUGAGAUACUGUUUCUGAAGCAUGGCGAGAUUAGCUUCGACGUGGAUGUGUCGAAGCUGGUCUGCGGCAUGAACGGCGCGCUGUACCUGACGGAGAUGAAUCAGACGGGAGCCCGCAGUGCUCUCAACCCGGCCGGCGCAACAUACGGGACCGGGUAUUGCGAUGCUCAGUGCCCGACGUUGCCAUUUAUUAAUGGAGUGGCGAACAUCGACGCUAGAGGAUCAUGCUGUAAUGAGAUGGACAUCUGGGAAGCCAACUCGCUAGCCUCAGCAUUCACCGCGCACCCCUGCGCCAACGCAGGAGUCUUCGAAUGCAAGGGAGACCAGUGCGGCAGCCUCGGCGUAUGCGAGAAGUCCGGGUGCGAGUACAACACAUGGAAGCUGGGAAAUACUUCGUACUAUGGUCCUAACCGCUCUGCCUCCCCGGACGGCGCAGACGCAAACGCGACGAAGUUCACGGUAGACACGACGCGCCCGUUCACAGUAACAACGCAAUUCCUGACGACAGACAACCCGUCGCCGAUCAGAAACGGCGCGCUGAACGAGGUGCGGCGGCUGUACGUGCAGGACGGGGUGGUGAUCGAGAACGCGUACGUCGCGGACCCGAUGAUGCCACCCGGCGACUCGCUGCGCAUGUCGCACUGCCAGGCCAGCAGUGCCCUGUUCGAGGAUUUGGGCGGCCUAGACACAAUGGGCCACGCGCUGGACCGCGGCAUGGUGCUCGCGUUCAGCAUCUGGAACGACGGCAGGCAGUUCAUGAACUGGCUGGACGCGGGCAAGGCCGGUCCGUGUACGCUGCUGGAGGGCGAUCCCGAGGUUAUCAGGCGCCAGAGCCCCGGGACGAGCGUGACGUUUAGGAAUAUUAGGUGGGGGGAGAUUGGGAGUACGUAUGGUAACGGGACGAUGGCCAGGUGAGGGAUAUGUAUGUGUUAUGUUAUGCAUAAGAGGUGAUUAGGUAUACAUUAUUUAGCAAGGACCUGCAGGAAACAAUUAACCGUUAAUUUAUGGUUUAUGUUUUCCGAAUUAUAAAUAUAUAGUUUAUUUUAAUUUAACGUUUAUUUAUCCGAG